AUGGCGAUGCUACAGUGGUCCUACUAUGCCUACACACCAAGCGCCAUCCCCGCCAUCAUUGGAGUUGGCAUCUACUGCACACUAGCCGCAACGCAUGCCCUGCGCCUGAUUUCCACCAGGGCCUGGGACGGAACGUUCAUGGUCCUUGGUAGCCUCUUCCAAGCCAUGGGUUGCGGUGCGCGCAUCCUCUCCGCCCACGACCAAUCCAACCAAGGCGCAUGGGCCGCACAAUACGUAUUCCUGAUCUGGGGCCCAGCCCUGAUCAUGUUCACCGUCAAUCUGACGGGCGUGGAGUUCGUCAAGGGUCUCGGGGCCGAGAAGAAAGUGUUCAUCAAACCGCGCAUCGCCCGACCCCUCUACUUCACCCUCAAUGCCAUUCUUUUCCUGCUGCUCAGCGUGGGAGUAGUCAUGAAAGUCACCGCGACAGCCACGAACAAACUCCAACUGGGAACGACGCUCACAAAAGCCGGCUUCGUGAUCCAGUUGCUGUUCUGGGUUUUCAUCUUCGUUGAGAAUCUGGUCAUGACAAUCCGGCUGGGUCGCGAUCCGACUAAAGAGUGUUUGGAGGUGAUUCCGAACUGGAAACGUUGGAACCAGUUGGUGGGGCUGGCGAUUUCGAUUAUUGCGAUGGGACAUAAUGUGGUUCAAUUGACGCAGCUGAGUGCGACGUCGGAUAACUUUAUGAGUGCGACGGAGUGGCCGGCGUAUGCGUUUGAUAUCUAUCAGAUGGCGGUGGUGUUGGGGGCAUGGGCGAUCUGGUAUUUGCCGGGUCGGUGUCAUGAAUUGACUGCGAAGCGGAAGAGCUGUUGGGGACCGAUGGCCAAUGCUGAUUAUCAGCUUACGGAGUCAGGCAAUGUGGAUGAUCCGGAUGGCAGAUAUAGGGCUUGA